AUGCCGUCUACUUCUUUGGCCCUGACACCGGGCCUGGGGUCGUUCCUCCAAUGUCUCAAAACAAACCCGAUUGAUACUUCCAUUGAGACUCUGAUCUCAUUGCUCAAGAGACGUCAAAUCCGCCAUUCGCGCUCAUGCGCCACAGCAACCGCCUGCCUGCUUCGCGGUGUUAUCACCUCAUGCCGUACGAAUGAUUCGGCGAAGCUCAUUGAGCGGGUCCAGAACGUGGGAAGACGGCUGAUGGCUGCGCAACCGCGAGAGAUGGUCGUGGGCAACAUUGUGCGUCGAGUCCUCGGUCUCAUCCGUGACGAGGCCGAAGAUAAUCGCGAAGCGGAGUUCUCCCUCAGCGAAGUAGGCUCAGAUAGUCAGCCUCAAACACCCCGGGCAUAUGAUGAUCCCUCCCUGCCUCUUGACCGCGACUCUCCCUCGCUGCGGGAUGACAGGGCUUCUCGUCCUCCUCUGACCUCUAUGUUCAGCCUGCUCUCCCAGCCCGAGCCCGAGAACUCCCUUCCCAGCACACCAGGAUCCAUGUCUCCAGGCGGACGUCUUUUCUCUCACGCAACUACGAAGGACGUACGAUCCGAGGUAAUUGAAGGUAUCAAAGAGAUCAUUGACGAGCUGGGUCAGGUUGAUGACCAAAUUGCCGCCUAUGCACUGGACCACAUUCACUCCAACGAAAUCAUCCUCACCCACACAUCCUCGACUACCGUUCAAAAGUUCCUACUCAAAGCUGCAGCCAAGCGCAAGUUCACUGUCAUUCAUGCUGAAUCAUUCCCCAAUAACCAUGAAGCCGUGCACGCCACCGUCAGCGGGGCCGCAAAGAAUGAGGAUGAAAAUUUGGGCGUAGAAGCCUUCCAAAAGCCACUAAUUGAGCACGGCAUUACUGUCAUUCUCAUCCCAGACUCUGCAGUAUUCGCAAUGAUGUCCCGUGUCAACAAGGUCAUCCUUGGUACACACUCUGUUCUUGCUAACGGUGGUCUCGUCGCUGCGGCGGGCACUCGUGUCAUCGCCCGUGCCGCCAAGGUCCACCAGACCCCGGUCGUCGUUGUAAGCGGUGUCUACAAGCUCAGUCCAGUCUACCCCUUCGACUUUGACUCUCUCAUUGAGUACGGUGACCCCAGCAAGGUUCUGGCGUAUGAGGAUGGCGACCUUGUCGACCAGAUUGACGUUCAAAACCCCAUCUAUGACUAUGUUCCAGCCGAACUUGUUGACCUUUACAUCACGAACCUCGGUGGCCAUGCGCCUUCAUACCUUUACCGUAUCGUCUCGGAUCACUACCGGAAGGAGGACAUUAGCUUCUAG